ACCUUAAGGAUUUGGUACUUGAAGCGAGAUCGCCCUCUUAGUGAAAGGCAGAUGUCCCUUUAAGGUUUGCUUUGCUGCUGCCCGUGGACUUUAGCCUAAACACCAUCCCGCGAAGUUGGCUUUAUUUGUCCAUGUCUCGGAUAGAGCCUGGGAAACUGCCAGUGAGAUUUCAGAGAACCAGCGCGCGAAGGGGCGGGAGAUGUGGCAAUCGGUCUGGGAUGUGAAAAGCGUGGAGCGGACUUAGAGACAUUCGACCAAAACACAGGAAAUCGCUCCUCGGCGACUCUUGGGCGCUGCAGCCGCUGGGGCCACCACCGAACUCCCGCAGAGACCGCCCAAGUGACCCAGAGUGCAAGGCACUAGCAACCGGUCCUGCCAGCUCCUGCCAGCUCCUGCCCGGGAACCAGCACGUCAAGGGAACUGCGGCGGCUCCAGUCAUGGUCCCCAGGCGCCCUGCCAGUCUAGAGGUCACUGUAGCCUGCUGCUGGCUCCUCACUGUUAUUCUAGGCAUCUGCACUUCAUUCAACGUUGAUGUGAAAAAUUCAAUGAGUUUCAGUGGCCCAGUGGAGGACAUGUUUGGAUACACCGUUCAACAAUACGAAAAUGAAGAAGGAAAAUGGGUUCUUAUUGGUUCUCCUCUAGUUGGUCAACCCAAAGCAAGAACCGGAGAUGUCUAUAAGUGCCCAGUUGGGAGAGAAAGAUCAAUGCCUUGUGUGAAGUUGGAUUUACCAGUGAACACAUCAAUUCCCAAUGUCACAGAAAUAAAAGAAAAUAUGACAUUCGGAUCAACUUUAGUCACCAACCCAAACGGAGGAUUUCUGGCAUGUGGGCCUUUGUACGCCUACAGAUGUGGACAUCUGCAUUAUACAACUGGAAUCUGUUCUGAUGUCAGCCCUACAUUUCAAGUUGUGAACUCCUUUGCCCCUGUGCAAGAAUGCGGCACUCAGCUGGACAUAGUCAUUGUCCUAGAUGGCUCCAACAGCAUCUACCCCUGGGAGAGCGUGACCGCUUUCUUAAAUGACCUUCUUAAGAGGAUGGAUAUUGGCCCUAAACAGACACAGGUUGGAAUUGUCCAGUAUGGGGAAAACGUAACCCAUGAAUUCAACCUCAAUAAGUAUUCAUCGACAGAAGAGGUACUUGUUGCAGCAAACAAAAUAGGCCGGAGAGGUGGUCUCCAAACAAUGACAGCCCUUGGAAUUGACACAGCCAGGAAAGAGGCAUUCACUGAAGCCCGGGGUGCCAGGAGGGGCGUUAAAAAGGUCAUGGUCAUAGUGACUGAUGGAGAAUCACAUGACAACUACCGACUGAAGCAGGUCAUCCAGGAUUGCGAGGACGAGAACAUUCAGCGAUUUUCCAUAGCUAUUCUUGGCCACUAUAACCGAGGGAACUUAAGCACUGAAAAAUUUGUGGAGGAAAUAAAAUCUAUCGCAAGCGAGCCCACUGAAAAGCACUUCUUCAAUGUCUCAGAUGAGUUGGCCCUGGUCACCAUUGUCAAAGCUCUGGGAGAAAGGAUAUUUGCCUUGGAAGCUACAGCUGACCAGUCGGCAGCUUCAUUCGAGAUGGAAAUGUCUCAGACUGGCUUCAGCGCGCAUUAUUCCCAGGACUGGGUCAUGCUUGGAGCAGUGGGAGCCUAUGACUGGAACGGCACGGUAGUCAUGCAGAAGGCCAACCAGAUUGUCAUCCCUCAGAACACCACCUUUCAAACUGAGCCCACCAAAAUGAACGAACCUCUUGCUUCUUAUUUAGGUUACACAGUGAACUCCGCCACGCUCCCUGGAGAUGUGCUCUACAUCGCUGGACAGCCUCGGUUCAAUCACACUGGCCAGGUCGUCAUCUACAAGAUGGAGGACGGGAACGUCAAAGUUCUCCAGACACUCAGUGGAGAGCAGAUCGGCUCCUACUUUGGUAGCGUCUUGACAACAAUUGACGUUGACAAAGAUUCUUAUACUGACCUGCUUCUCGUCGGGGCUCCCAUGUACAUGGGGACAGAGAAAGAGGAACAGGGCAAAGUGUAUGUCUACGCUGUGAACCAGACAAGGUUUGAAUAUCAAAUGAGCCUGGAACCAAUUAAGCAGACGUGCUGUUCAUCUCUGAAGGAUAAUUCAUGCACAAAAGAAAACAAGAAUGAGCCCUGCGGGGCCCGGUUUGGAACAGCAAUUGCUGCUGUAAAAGACCUCAACGUGGAUGGGUUUAAUGACGUGGUGAUCGGAGCUCCUCUGGAGGACGACCACGCAGGCGCUGUGUACAUCCAUCACGGCAGUGACAAGACCAUAAGGAAGGACUAUGCACAACGUAUUCCAUCAGGUGGGGAUGGCAAGACACUGAAAUUUUUUGGCCAGUCUAUCCAUGGAGAGAUGGAUUUAAAUGGUGACGGCCUGACUGAUGUGACCAUCGGAGGCCUCGGUGGAGCUGCCCUCUUCUGGGCCAGGGAUGUGGCUGUAGUUAAAGUGACCAUGAGUUUUGAACCCAACAAAGUGAAUAUUCAAAAGAAAAACUGCCGCGUGGAGGGAAAAGAAACAGUAUGCAUAAACGCUACAAUAUGUUUUUAUGCGAAAUUAAAGUCUAAAGAAGACUCGGAUUACGAAGCUGAUUUGCAGUACCGCGUCACCCUUGAUUCGCUGAGGCAGAUCUCCCGGAGCUUCUUCUCUGGAACUCAGGAAAGAAAGAUUCAAAGAAACAUCACGGUUCGGGAGUCAGAAUGCACUAGGCACUCCUUCUACAUGUUGGAUAAGCAUGAUUUCCAGGACUCUGUGAGAGUGACUUUGGAUUUUAAUCUUACCGAUCCAGAGAACGGGCCCGUGCUGGAUGAUGCUCUGCCAAACUCAGUCCACGAACACAUUCCCUUUGCCAAAGACUGUGGAAACAAGGAAAAAUGCAUCUCAGACCUCAGCCUGGACGUGUCCACCACAGAAGCCAGCCUGCUGAUUGUCAGGUCCCAGAAUGACAAGUUCAAUCUCAGUCUCACAGUGAGGAACAAAAGAGACAGCGCCUACAAUACCAGGACAAUAGUGCAGCAUUCCCCGAAUCUGAUUUUUUCAGGAAUUGAGGGGAUCCAAAAGGAUAGUUGUGAGUCCAAUCGAAAUAUCACAUGCAGAGUGGGCUAUCCUUUCCUGAAGACAGGAGAAACGGUAACCUUCAAAAUAAUAUUCCAGUUUAAUACAUCACAUCUCACAGAAAAUGCAGUCAUUCAUUUGAGUGCAACAAGUGACAGCGAAGAACCACCCGAAUCUCUUUAUGAUAAUGAAGUAAAUAUAUCCAUCCCAGUAAAAUAUGAAGUCGGACUACAGUUUCACAGUUCUGCGAGUGAACACCACAUCUCGAUUGCAGCCAAUGAGACUCUCCCUGAACUUAUUAAUUCCACUGGUGACAUUGGAAAUGAAAUUAAUGUCUUCUACGUGAUCAGAAAAAGGGGCCAUUUCCCAAUGCCGGAACUUCAGCUAUCAAUCUCAUUCCCCAACUUGACAUCAGAUGGUUAUCCUGUAUUAUACCCAACUGGAUGGUCAUCUUCAGAUAAUGUGAACUGCAAACCCCGGAGCCUUGAGGAUCCUUUUGGUAUCAACUCUGGGAAGAAAAUGGCAAUAUCAAAGUCGGAAGAUCUCAAAAGAGGCACAAUCCAGGAUUGCAGCACCUGCAAGCUUGCCACCAUCACGUGCCAUCUCAUCCCUUCCGACGUGAGUCAAGUGAACGUAUCGCUCAUCCUGUGGAAGCCAACGUUCAUAAAGACACAUUUUUCCAGCUUAAAUCUCACUGUAAAGGGAGAACUUCAGAGUCAAAACACAUCGCUGAUUUUAAGCAGCAGCAACCAGAAGCGAGAGCUGGCUAUUCAAAUAUCCAAAGAUGGGCUCCCGGGCCAAGUGCCGCUGUGGGUCAUCCUCCUGAGCGCCUUUGCUGGGCUACUGCUGCUGAUGCUGCUGAUACUAGCACUGUGGAAGAUUGGAUUCUUCAAAAGGCCACUAAAGAAGAAAAUGGAGAAAUGAAAUAUUUUACAGGAGAAAAAGAGGACAGUAACAAUUAUUCAAUGAUCUAUUCUCAGGUUUGCCUCAAUCAUGUGAGAAGAAAUUCAGAAAUAUAACCAAAGACAUGGUCACAUGACUAUAUGUCAUUCAUCAUCCAUCUGCCGGGAUUACUCCCUUGGAAAGUGACAGAUCAAGUAUGAUCCAAAAAGGGUACCCAAAGAUAUGUGUUAGGAAGUGAUGAGAAAUACUUUUAAUAAUUGCUCAUUUUUGUUGAGUAAGGGAAAUGACAAAGGGUUUUAAAGAAGAAUCCCCAGUACAUGUAUGUUUAUGUGUUUAGAUGCCACGCGGAGCAUUCCAGGGAUGCAUGAAAAGAGCUCUGUGUUCACCGAAACAGUGACUCUCAGCACGAUGUAAACUAAGCUUCUCCUCUUGAUGACAGCUUCAGAGCGGCACUCAGAGUUUGUAAAUGCCCAACAAAGGCAUGGAGUGGGAAAGAUCGCCCGAUUCUAAUGAGGAAGACUGCCUAGCAGAGCCCAUAUCCAAUAUGGACUGAAAGUAGAGUGAAACCACAGAGCCGACGCUCAGUGACUUCUUGGGUUCUGGAGCUGGAAAUAGUGUUUUCCAAUGUGCUUAGCGUACAGUGAAACUGAGCUUAAAUUCUAUGUCGAAUAGACAGUCGAGAGAGUCAUUUAAACAAGUGCACUGAGCCUAUUCAUUUAAACUUUUACCAAAAGUAAAAGUGCUUAAUUUAUAUUGAACUCUAAAACACAAACCUCUUUUAUAAAAAAAAAAGCAAUCAGACACUUAAAACAGUUUGUGUAGCAUAACAGUGAUUAGUUAUGAAAAACCACAGUGUAUGUGUGAUGCCCAGAGGCUUAAUGAACCAUAAGAACAUGGAUAGAUAACCCAAAGAGGCUAAAGUCACCUUUGCUGAGCAGCUGUUUAAUGCUGGGGCUUCCAGAUGUUACGCUAAAGAAGGAGACUCCUCAAUGCUUGGUAUAAGGUUCUUUUAAAACCCCAAGAUAUGAGUGUUUAUUUUUGAAUUUUCCAAAUACAUUUCAUGUUACUAUUGCAAAAGCAGUCUCCUGAGCCAGUUUUAGAUUUACAAAGAACACACUGAUUUUGAGCAAGGCAUCUCAGAAUUUAAAAAGAAACCAAGAAAUAUAGUUUAAAGAAUCUAUACCUUGAAAACUUAACCCAACAGAAAGCUAAAACUCAUUUGUGUGUACUUCUCUGUUACUGAAAUAACCCCUAAGGGCCUUGAACUCUGCUGUAAUUAAGCUCCCGGAUUGCUCCAUUUCUAAGAUGAAUAACAAGGAAUGAAUGUAUAGUAUCUUCAUGUGUGAACUACUGCUGUAACAUUUGCUGAUCCUCCUGCCCCAAAGCCAUUUCUCUGCUUGACUGAAUACCAUAAGAACCAGAACCUGUCAAUACUCCCAAAGACCUAGACUCUGCUCUCCUCAAAACAUGAAAUGCCAACAGAGAAAUUAAGUGUUUUGGGUUGGAUUAUUAAAAAUGUAUUUCUGAGGAAUUAUCUGAGGGCCAGGUUCAGCCUACCUUUUAGCUUUCCAGUCCUAUGUAUAAGAUCCUAAGGCGUAAGGGAAGGACAUGAGGUUGCCAUAGUCAUCCUUGGCUGGAAGAAAGGUGGACAGGAAACGAGAAGAAAGAAGGUGUGUUCUUCAUUCUCACUGUCUCUCGCCGGCUACAGAAGUAAUGGCUUCCUCCUGCAAUAUUUCCCCCAUCAGAACUCAGGUGUUUCUUGCUCAAUUACCACGGUGCCCAACUCCAGCACACUCCCACUCAGCAGCCCUACUCCUAACUCCAUGUCUUUGGGAAUAAAAUUCAAUCGCUCCAUUUAGAUUCAUAUUUGACAUCAGGGACUACCAGGCGCUGAACUUUGUACACUGAGCUAUACGUGUGCAUAUUUAAACUCAAAAUGUUGCUAAGCCAAAAGGACAAGACAGAAAUGAAGACAUUUUGAACGUUUAAGGAGAGUAACAGCAGUUGGCCAGAUAAAAAGGUGCCAAAACCACUUGACGACCAGUUUUUAACGUACGUUAUUCCCGGUUAGUAGUAAAUAUUUAAGGAGCCAGAUAUCUCUUCUCUACUAUAGUAACUAUGUUUCUGUGUGUGUAAUCAUUUGCAUACACAUACAUAUACCAUUUAAACAGAGAACAACUGAAGAACAACAAAUGGCAGAACUUACUAAGAUAGGAAAAAAAUAAGCACACAAAAGCAACACCAGGGAUGGAAGUUUGUUUCUUGGCUUCUCAUAAGUCUUCACUUUCAUUAAUAUUUAAGUUUUUAAGAUUAGUCAGUAUUUUGUAAGUUAAAAACUAUGAAGGCAGAGGCUUUGCGUUUUAAAAAGAUAAUGGAUGCCCCAAAUUAGCUUUAUAGACAUAUUCUAGAACAUAUAAAUAAGAAAUUACUAAAUUAUGCAACAUUAUUUAAGACAAUAAAAUUGGGUAAUACUUAGGACUAUUUAUGAAUUUACGGAUUAAAAUAAAUCACCAAAUAUCUUGUACCUUUGAUUUGAUUUUCUUAAGCACUGAUGCUCCCAGUAUGAACUGAACUAUGCAUGCAUUCCCUUUCCUGAGCACACAAACAAUGGAACAUGAAUAAAUUACUCAACAAACUGUUCUUCAGGAGGGACAGUUACCCCAAUAUCUGACUUCCGUGAUGUCACUGCUCUCUCCGCACGCCACUUUCAGACACCUAAAAAACCCCUAUUUGGACUGCAGCAUUCCUAGGAAUGUGUGUCAGACUUUAUCAACUCAUAUGAGAUACUGGAGCAUACCACUGAAGUAAACUGCAUCCUACAUAGUAGAAAAACUGGUGUCUAGAGACACAGAUCAAUGCUCACCAUCUACACACACACACACGUAAGCACACGCUCUAAUCAAACUUCAAGUUAUGCUGAAAAUACUGGUUGUAUCAAUCCAAGAACUUAGAAUGCUAUAGAUUAUUCAUCCUUUAAUAUUAAAUGUCUAAGAUUGAUCAUCCUUUAAUAUGAAUAAAGCAAUCUGAACUUGCAGGAGGAAGGAGCUGAAAGCAAGAAAACACAGAAGGUGGCCUGCACACCACUGAAAACCAGAGCCACUCAGGAGUUACAGAGAAACCUUCUCAAAACACUCCAAAAAAAAAAAAAAAGGCGAAGUGAGAAGUCUUCUCUAGCAAACAUUUCUAGCUUUUGUGAUCCAAUUCAAACACAAGCAAUGCAACUUAAACUAUUUUUUAAACUAUUUUUCUCUGAGCACUAGGAUCCUUGACAACUUAGACCCCAAAUAUUUUCUGUGGCGUAUGUAUACUUGAAAAAAAAAAGCUUGUAGAGAAAGAGACUUUUAUAAAAUUUGAUGUUUAGGCAGUCAGAAUGAUUUUUAUCUAUAAAUAUAGAUAUAUGAAUAUAUAUAAGUAAUGUGCAUAUAUUUUUCAUAGAAAGCCAUCUACUUUUUCUUGUAUAAACUGAGGUUUAAGCUCAAUUGGGAAGUAGAAAUAUUUGUAUAAAAUAACUUGGGAUAGAGCAACACUGUAUUACAAUGUGCUUGCUAUAGCGUCUUCAUUGACCACACCAUCAGUUCCAUAUGAACUCCUAGCCUACUCUGCACGGUGCUGAGCAAACUAGAGAAAGACCCAGGGCCAGAGCCUGUCUCAUGUGCCAGUGCCAGAAUCUGCCUUGUGUACCAGGGUGUAGUUUGUUGUCCAAAUAAAGUAACUUCGGGCAAAUAAUUGUUCAAAAUAGCAUUUUAUGACAUCUUCAUUGGUUCUUAAAACCCCUCAAGCUUCUUUCUCCCAUCACUCGUCUCCUCAAAUGGUUUUCAGGAAGACUGCUUUAGUAGCUUGUAACUAAGACGUGUGCUCCUUUUACUGAGAACGCCAGCUUCAGUGGACAGAUCAUUCACUCUGGUUUUCCAUCCCAGAUUCCUUAAUGACACUCCAAAGGGUUAGCAUGGCACCCUACAGUAUUUGUACUUCAGAGAUGCAGCAUCCUUCCUUGAGAGGUUUACAACUAUAUGAGACACUAUUCUCCAAGGUUCUAUGGGAGAAACUGGGGAGAUUUAAGCCUUCAGCAACUGGGUAUUUUCCAAUCCCCAUCCUCACCCAAGGGACAAUUUCAAAAGCUAAAAGAAGUCUGCGUCCUCAAGACGCUGCUGUUUUGAAAGUGCAUAUGCAAAUUAAUUGAAUGUAAGGGACUUUAAAUGCAGAUAAUACUUCCAAAUGAAGAGCCUGGGCUCUUGCUUCCAACUGGACAGUGGUCCCCAAGCUCUAGCUACCCGCAAUCUGGAAACCACCACUGUCCAGUAAGUCUGCUGAAUGGAAAGCCAAAGCACAUGGCAAAAGGCCACGGUCAAGGCUGGGUGUGGCCCCAUAGUUGAGUGCACAGAGCUCAUUCAAGGCUCCAGGUCUGAAUUCUAACACCACAUGAGGGGAACGGGUAUUAUCAUGCCACCAUUUCUCAAAUGGAAGUACUGUAGUAUCCUACUAAAAAUUACAUAAUUUUUAAAAAAAUUUAAAAAGCAAUAGCAUUAUACUGUUACUUAAAUUACAGCAUUCAUCUUAUGAACUAUUCAGUGUUUUUUAUACUCAUUAUUAAAAUUUUACCUCAAAUGUACAAAUUCAGAGUAAGGCAUUUAGCCAUCACCAGUAAGGAGAAAGCAGAGGAGAAUGAGGCAGGCAAGUCCCAGCCCUACAAAAGCAUCUGGCCCAGGGAAGUCUACAGUUCCUAACCUGUGGAAAGAGAACCUAUGAGGAUCAUGACUAUAAAGCAGGGGCCAAUGACACUCAGUGCUGUGACUGUGUUUGGUAUUUGUGCUUCAAGGUACAUACUCAGAGAAAGGGGUGUGGAGUUUACGUGCAACAGUUUGAGGCUGAAUAUCUGAUCUCUCAUCCAUUGGAUUUACGCAUAUAAACUGGGGUGCAGGGGAUCUUAAAAGAAAUCUUCCUAAUGACAUCAGAAUGAAAACCCACCCAUAAUCAACCCCUAUUAGCAUAGUUUGUCCCCAUUUCUGUAUUCAAGAGCUGGAGAGAGCUGGAGGAAGAAAGGGGUAGUGAAUAUUGAUUUUCCUCUUCUCCAUAGAGUAGCCAUAGUGAAGGGAGUCACCACAUGUAGACCCGAUGUCACAUGACAGCUUAUACUUUGAUAAAUACUAAAGAAAUGGAGGCAGGCGAGGAAAUGAAACUACCUACCCAUCUUGAUUUCUACCACCCAAUCCAUGGAAAUGACCAGAGUUUGCUGAGAUUCCAUGUGUCACACCCCACAGCACACCCAAACGUACUUGUCACUAUAUGAGCGAAAGUGUACUCUUUCUGAUGGAUUGACCCCGGGGAACUUUCUGGGGUUAACACAUCUUAGAGUCAUGUGAAGUCCAAUGUCUGAAACCACAGUCUGUAGAUUCUUCCUCAUAGAGCCAUUCCAUGCAGAAAUGCAUUCCAUGCAGGUGGUUUAGCAUUUCAGUCGGACUUACCUGCUGCCCUCGCCCUGCAAGCAGCCAGUCCUGGCUGCAGGGUUAAGAAACACUGGCCUGUCGGGAUGGUGUCCUGUUUGUUACUACUGUGAAGCUGUAAGACUGCGGAUAGGCUGUGCGCACCAUGUAUA